GCGGGCGAUGGCGGCGGCGGCCGGGCGGGCCUGGGCCCGGGGCGCGCUGAGGGCGGCCUGGAGAGGCUUUGCUUCUGUGCCAGUGAAAGGGAGCUGCAGUCCCUACUCCAGCCUGGCAUGGGCUUUCCAGACACGGUGCUCCCUCACUGCCCCCUGGGCUGGGACAGUGGAGCAGUGCAGGAAAAGCAGUUUCUUCAAUACCUUGACAGCUGAUCAGCUAUGGAAAGGAGCUUUGGCAGAGACUGGCGUAGGAGUAAGGAAAGGAAGAGGAAAGAAAAAGAAGAAGAAGCUAAGGAAGAAUCUCAAUAGAGGCCAGGAGAUUGGUGAAGGACGUUCUGGUUUCCUCUGGCCUGGUCUUAAUGCUCCUGUGUUGCAAACUGGGAGAGUGCAAGAAGUUGCCCAGCGAAAAAAAGAAGAACGAGAGAGAAUUCAGUCUGAAAUCAUUCAGCAGAGAGAUACAUUUGAGAAGAAAAAAAAAAUAAAAAUUAAGAGAGAGGGAGGAUGGAGUGGAAAGUGUUGGGGAGGUGUCAUUCUGGAUCCUCCUGACCCUGGGCCGAAUGGAGAAACUUAUGAAGAUUUUGAAACAAGAGUCAUCGAGGUGAGAAAUGUGUUUUGUAUGAAGGCAAAGGAAGGCAGGAAAAAAUCAGUACGUGCCUUAGUGGCUGUUGGGAAUGGCAAAGGGGCUGCAGGUUUUGCCAUAGGGAAGGCAGGUGACAGGACAAAUGCUUUAAGGAAAGCAAAGAAUAAAGCAAUAAGCUCCUUGCACUUUAUAGAGAUGUAUCAGAACCACACAAUUUACCAUGACAUUUCUGUGAAAUUUAAAAGGACAAAAAUCCGCAUGAAGAAACAAAACAAAGGGUAUGGUCUGCACUGCCACCGAGCCAUUAUCACCAUCUGCAGGUUGAUUGGCAUUAAGGACAUGUAUGCCAAGGUCACUGGAUCCAAAAACUUGAUUAACAUCACCAGAGCUCUCUUCAGAGGCUUGACCCUACAGGAGACUCACCAGCAGCUGGCAGACCAGAAGAGCCUCUACGUGGUGGAGUUCCGGGAGGAGCAGGGCCCUCUGCCCAUCGUGGUGGCCCUGCCCCGGGGGCCUGUCCGGGAGGAGCCCGAGCCCGAGGAGGAGGUUCCCGACACGAAGCUGGAGUGGAGGGAGGUGAAGGAGGCGCAGGGGAUGCUGAAAUCCCCCUGGGCCAGGGUCAGGCGGGCGGCGUGCUGACAGCCCCGCUGCCUCGUGCCCAGCCGGUGCAGCUGGGACAGCCGGGCCCGAGGCACGGGCUCUGGCCUUGGGUUUCAGGGAGGCAGCAGGAGCUCUCUGUGCCAGCCAUGGCUCUGCUGCCACCCAGGAGCACAAUCCUGCCUGAGUGGGAAUGCUCAGAUGGAAGCCGCCAGAGAACGAACGAGUCUUUGGCUUCAGACACGCAUUUACUCCAUUCUAGAGGAUGGUUUGUCCAUGUUCCUUUCACAUGCUCUUGGGGAACUGCUGAAAAUACAAGCUUGUGAAAGCAAUAAAGAAUCACCAGAGUGGGUUUA